AAAAAAAAACAAGUAAAAUAAUCAGAAAGUUCAAUUGGGUGAUUAAAUAUUCGAUAGUUCAAAUUAAUUAGUACCAUGAUUAGAGCAGCUAGUUUACCAUUACGCAAGUAUGCGGUUUCGUCCAAUCGAUUCUUCACCACUUCUUCAAUCAUGAGUGCUGCGCAGAUCUUCAGAAUGCCAGCAAUGUCUCCAACCAUGACUGAAGGUGGAGUUGUUUCAUGGAAAUUUAAGUCUGGUGAUAAUUUUUCUGCUGGAGAUGUUUUACUCGAGGUUGAAACUGAUAAGGCUACUAUUGACGUUGAAGCCCAAGACGAUGGGAUCAUGUGGGACAUUAUAAUCAAGGAAGGUGAAUCGGGAAUCCCAGUCGGUAAGCCAAUUGCGCUUUUAGCUGAACCAGGUGAUGAUUUAUCUAGUUUGGAAAGACCAAAUUUAGAAGAACCAACUAAAGAAGAACCAACCAAAAAAGCAACAAAGCCAGAACCAACACCCGAAUCAAAACCAGCAGCAAAACCAGCAGCAAAAACCGAAUCAAAACCAGAAUCCAGCGGACAAUCCGGUGAAGAAGUAUUUGUCAAGGCAAAUCCAAGUCAAAGACUCUUACCAUCAGUUGAAUUAUUGUUACAUCAAAAUAACAUUUCUGAGCAAGAUGCUUAUGAAAAAAUCCCAGCAUCUGGACCAAAAGGUAGAAUUUUGAAAGGUGACGUUUUAGCUUACUUGGGUAACAUUGAUAAAUCAGCAGUUAGUAAAAUUACUAAAUAUCUUAAAUCUAAAGAACAUUUAGAUUUAUCAAAUAUUGUUCUUGCAUCUCCUCCAACUUUAGACACCCAACCAAAACAAGAAUCCAAAUCAGCUGAAAAACCAAAACCAACUAACAUAAUCAAUGUUAAUUUCUCUUCUGAAUUAGGUGAAGGUAUUUCAAAAGAUAAGUUCAAGUAUGCUUUCGAAAGAGCAGUUGAUUCUGCCGUAAGAAUCACUUAUAGUCAUCGAUUCCCUCAAUAUUCCAACUCUCCAUCGGCAAGCUCAAUUUCCGAAAUGGAUAUCUUUGAUGAUUUAUUGGCUCCGUCAGUAACUACAAAUAGAUUUGAAGUCUUUGAUAUCGCUUAUAAAUUUACUGGGGAUUCAACCACUCCAGCAACCGAUGCUUUUGAUGAGCUUUUAGGUUUAACAAAAACCCCAACCCCGACUGCCACUCCAGCUUCUCUUACCGCUGAUGUUCAAUUCAAAAUUAAAGUCAAUGCUUCGGUUUCUGACGCCAAACAAUUUGUUGAAUACUUCCAAGAUUCAUUACUUUCGCAAAUUCCUUCCAACAAACUCGUUAUUUCCAAAGAUUUGUAAAUUAAACUACAUAAUUAAUAGAUAGUUACAUUAUUCUUACUGUAAUUGGCCGUCAAUGUCAUAAUCACUACCUGUCAUCACCGUCAUAAUUACAUGUCAAACCUAUCACAUUGACCUGAUAAUUACAUGUCAAACCUAUCACAUUGACCUCAUAAUUACAUGUCAAACCUAUCACAUUGACCUCAAAAUUACAUGUCAAACCUAUCACAUUGACCUCAAAAUUACAUGUCAAACCUAUCACAUUGACCUCAUAAUUACCUGUCACAUUAACCUCAAAAUUACCUAUCACAUUAACCUCAAAGUUACCUAUCACAUUAACCUCAUAAUUACCUGUCACAUUAACCUCAAAAUUACCUAUCACAUUAACCUCAAAGUUACC